UUUCAGUCGUUCUGUUGCUUUUUGUUUGGGUUAACAAUAGAGGGGGAGAGAGAGAAAGAGAGAGAGAGAGAGAGAGAGAGAGAGAGAGAGAGAGAGAGAGAGAGAGAGAGAGAGAGAGCCGAGCGAACAGAAGCGCAAGCUGCUCUCCAUGCCUUCAGUCUAGCGGAGCGGGCGAUGGAUGUGAGAUUUUACCCUGCACCUCCUUCAAGCGUGGGCUCCUGUACAUUACCCACCGACACCAGCCUCUCCUCUCUGGACUAUUACCACUCCAACAAGAGCAGAUACGGUGUAGGAGAUCGAGGUGUUAGGCUGUACGGCGCUUUACCCGUGAGGCCCAACCCUGAGGAGAAAAGACUGCCCUCUUCAGGGUUUGAUGGUGACAACAUGUACAUGAGUGAGAACAACCAAGAGUUCCUCUCCCCGAGUCAGCAGAAUUACUCAGGACAGGGAGGGGGCAGCGGGAACGGCGGAGGGGGGGGGGACGAGGAUUACGAGAUCCCCCCUAUAACCCCUCCGAAUCACCCCGAGCCACCGCUGCUGCACCUGAUGGACCACGAUUCCAGUUACCUGUGUCACUCCAUCUCUCACAAUGGCCUGAUAAACCCGUACGCCUACACCGAGCUGCCCCUCAUGAUGCCCAAUGUGCUCACCCAGGACGGACACCUGCUGUCCAGCCAGAUACCCUCGAUGCCGGCGUUUGCGGGGCAGGCGGGCAGUCAUUACCCCCGCGCCCACCACAGCCCCAUGCUAAACCCAUCUGCCCGGAUACUGUCCCACCCCAUGAGCGCCCUGUCCCAGCUCAGCUCUCAGAUUGGCCAAGGCUCCUUUACACACGGUUCCCCGUCAUCGUCAGGAAGUCAGUCAGCCACGCCCUCCCCCUCGAGCUCCGCCCAGGAAGAGGAAGCAAAGUACCACUCAAAGAUCACAGGAGAGAAGCGACCCUCCUCUGACAUGAUGAAGCCCAAGCCCAAACCUCAGAAGAAGAAGAAGAAGAAGGACCCCAAUGAGCCACAGAAGCCCGUCUCAGCCUACGCACUCUUCUUCAGGGACACUCAAGCUGCCAUCAAGGGCCAAAACCCCAACGCCACAUUCGGGGACGUCUCCAAGAUUGUGGCCUCCAUGUGGGACAGUCUGGGAGAGGAACAGAAACAAGCAUACAAACGGAAAACAGAAGCAGCGAAGAAGGAGUACCUGAAGGCCCUGGCAGCGUACCGAGCCAGCCUGGUUUCCAAGACCUACAGUGACCCGGUGGACAGCAAAAGCGCCCAGUCUAGUCAGCCGUCGUCACACAUGAUGCCCCCCAACGCCCCCCUGUACAGCGUCCCGCCCCAGCCCUCCUCCCCGUACCUGGGCCCCAGCCCCUUCCCCCUCUCGGACCUCCAGAGCUACGCGGCGGGGGCUCCCAGACACGGCCUGCCCCGUUCGGCCAUGCUGCCCGCACUCAGUGCCUCCCCCCCAGCGUCCUUCCAGAUCAGCCCUCCCCUCCACCAGCAGCUCUCUCUGCACCAGGGCUCCCUCCUCAACCAGCCAAUCCGCAUGCAGCAGGUCCAGUCGCAGCCAAUCAUCUCUCACCAGAUGGGCCUCCAGGCUCCGCUGCACUCCCCACCCCCAGGACAGCAGGGAUUCUCUCACUUACAGUCCGAGUAUCAGAAGAGCGUGGGGGGGUCUCAGUCUCCAGGGGCUCCGAACCCAGUGGGCCAGAACCCCGACUGGGACAGUGAGUACUGCAACCGGGAAUGCGGUGGAAACCACUGCAGUGGCAGUAUGAUAGGCAGGGAUAAGCCACUCUACCUCACUUGAAGCAAAACAAGGAGAACGGAAAGAGAAAAGAUGAAACAACACCAGGGAGUCCCCAGCACCUCUCCACCCUUCCCAGACAUCAUCCGUUUCCCUCAGUGUCAUUUUUCAUUCGUUUUUAGAAGGAUGUGUGUGUGUACGCGUUCUGAAGACUACUAGUGAUCCUUUCAUUUUUGCCAAGCACUUAAAAAAUGUACAGGCCUCUCCGCCAGAGACCUCAGAGAGCACUCACCCCGUCUCUGAAUAAACUUAAAAGAAAACGUCAAAAAAAGAUGUAUAUAAGAAAAAACGAAAAGGAAAAAAAAAUAAAGCAAACUACCAUUAACCUGGCCCUCAGGGCAAAUGAGCUUUAACUAAAACAGAGGAAAACUCUCCUCGUAGUUUCUCAGUUACUUUCCUCCUGGUCUCAUUUUUAUUUUAUUUUUAGUUUUUUUGGUUUUGUUUUGUUGUUGUACUUUUAUUUAUUUCCUGCUUGCAACAGAACGCUUCUUUUGGCCAAUAACAGGUCCUUUACUUUAGAGAAAAUACUCUUCUGAGGGCGAUACGUUGCUGUUCAAAUAAUGCUCUGUGAAUUUUAGGCAAAAAAACAAAACAAAAAAACAGACGAGAAAAAAAUAAAUGCGCAAAUGGAAAAAUUGAUAAAUACAACUUCUUUUUGUAAUUUUAAAGACCCGUGUAGGUCUUUGUUGAUCUGUCACAGUGUGAUUGUAAAUAUCACUUUUUUGGGGGUCAAAUUGGGAAGAUGAAGUCCAGAUAUUUUUUCUUCUUUAAUAUGACUUAUAAUUCAUUGAUUUGUAUUUUAAAUGGUAUUUUGUGAAUGCGUGCCGGCGUGAAUGAGCGUGCGUGAGUGUAUUUGUGCGUUGUGUAACUGAACAGCCUGUGCAGGUGAUAUCAGAAGAGUGUUUCCACACGUACACAAUCUUGCAUUAAACUCUGUGCUCACUGGUGUGAUUUCCCAAAAAAAGAUCUAUGGCAAAAACCAUGACAGACUGCAUGACCUGGCUCUCCAUUUAGGCUCCCCGAUUCAUCAGAGCCUCAUUUUUGAUUUCGAAACGGACUCCCGCACAAAUCUGUAUGAAAGCCCGUUUCUGCCGCUGAACAAAAAAUAAAUUAAAUUACAUGAAAUUCUUUUUUUUUCUCACAAUUGCAAGUUUACAUCUUGCAGUUCUUGCGAUUCUGACUUUUUGUGAGAUGUAAACUUGCAAUUAAAUUGGACUUUGUAACUCGCAAAAAAAAAAAAAAGUCAGAUCAUGCAAUUCUGAGAAAAAAUGUCAAAAUCGCAAGAUGUAAACUUGCAAAUUUGAGGGAAAAAAUCCGAAUUGUGAAAUUAAAUGUGGCAUUUUUUUUUUUUUUUUCUGUGGCGGAAGCGGGCUUCCGUAACUCUGAGAUCGCAAACGUACGGUUUUACAAAGCGUGUUCACAGCCAAACUCGUGAGGUGAUUUGAUCGACUUUGUCGAUUUACUCUCAGGUUCUAAAUGCGACGUAUAGAAGCGUAAAAGUUCUGGAUUCAGGUCAAAGGCCAGAAACACACUUUGUGCAAGUACGCAGACGUGAACACGUUUCCAAAUGUUUGCGCAAUGAAACCUCAGUUUGUUAAACUCGCCGCUUCCGGCAACACGGAUCAUGCACCGCAUUUCACGUUCGCGUACUUGCACGGAGUUUGUUUCGAGCCUAAAGCAGUAGUUCUAUUGAAACCCGGGUCGUUUGUUUUGCCUGGUCUUGACUGACGUUAAAUCCACCACUAUGACAUGUAAAGGUGAACUAUAAUGUUCUCAAUGUGAGAUAAUACAGCACACAGUAAAACAACAGUGGGUCUAUAGUUUUCUAGUAGCUUUUGCUAGAUGUUUUAUUGUGUUGAUCUCAUCUUUAAGUUUUGUGGGAAAAAAUUAAAUACAUUUGAUCAUUUAGUCGAACGUUUUAUUUUAAUCUUUUUUUUUUCUACUGUAGCAUACUAUUUUUAGUUGAAUUAAAAAGAAUAACUUCUAAGACAUUUAAUUUGUGUACAAACCUGCCAAUUGUAGUUAUUUUAUUUGUAAAGUCAGCAAUGAUAAUUAUUUUAAAACUGUUAUCAGCAAGUUGCCCAUCAGUUAAUAUUUAAUAAUGUUUAACAGGUUUCUAUUUAUGAACAAAAUGAGAUCACUUUUGCUUAUAACUACAAUAUUUGAAUUCUAUUGUUUUUUGUUUUUGUUUUUGUUUUUUUUUUUGUUUUGGAUGAUGAUAAUGAUGAUGACAAUUGCUUUUAUUUUUUAUUUUUACUUUUUGAAUGCUGGUUUUUCUUUCCUUGCCAGCCAGGUCAUUUUGUGUCACUAUGCCUUUUUGUUUCAUUUUGUCCGUAAUAAAAACGUUAAAUGAGAA